AUGGGACAGGACGGGAAAGACAAGCCCGACGCGGGGCUGAGAGAUCUGAAUCAUUCAUGGGCCCAGGAGAAGGUCCGGACACCGGCCUUGGACUCAUACUUCGCCUUUACGGCCAACCUCGGCACGCAUACCUUCUUUAUGGUUUUCUUGCCGUUCCUUUUCUGGUGCGGUCAUACUAGUUUGGGCCGAGGUGCACAUCCUUGCAUCCGGCGUGUUCUUCAGCGGGUUUAUCAAAGACUUGUUGUGUCUACCUCGGCCCCUCUCGCCCCGCUACAGCGUAUCACUAUGUCAGGGUCUGCCGCUCUUGAAUAUGGGUUUCCGUCAACCCAUUCGACAAACGCCGUCUCUGUCGCGGUUUAUGCGAUCGCUCUGCUCAAUACGCCUGACUCCACUGUCACCCCGCAAACCAACGUUAUCCUACAGGGAAUCACAUAUCUUUACGUCACGUCAAUUGUGCUGGGCCGGCUAUAUUGUGGAAUGCAUGGGAUGCUGGAUGUGGUAAUUGGCUGUAUACUGGGCGCCUUGAUUGGCCUCGCUCAGUACCUCUUAGGCCCCGCUUUCGAUGACUACCUUUUAUACACCUCAUGGAAAGGAGUCAUUUGGGUCCCUGUUGUCAUUCUAGUCCUUGUCCGCAUUCAUCCCGAACCCGCAGACGACUGUCCAUGCUUUGACGACAGCGUUGCAUUCGCGGGCGUGACUCUCGGUGUUGAUGUUGGAUCAUGGUACUUUACCCAGUCAGCCCUUGCCUGGGCCGAUCCCCUGCCGGGAACUAUUCCAUAUCACUACGGAAGCCUUGGACUUAUCAAGACUGUGCUCCGCCUGGUUCUCGGCGUGCUGUGUGUCUUCGCAUGGAGAGAAGUCACCAAGCCCACUCUGCUGCGCAUUCUUCCUCCUAUCUUCCGCAGCUUGGAAAAACUUGGUCUUCUUCUGCCGCGGAGAUUCUUCACCACAGCUUCGCAAUACACAACGGUACCAACAAACCUGAAAGAUAACGAAGUCCUUCCCAAUUUCUCAGAAAUUCCCGGAAUCAUCACUAGUUUCCGACACCCACGCCGGCGGGCUAUCUCAGUUGGCCCACAAUCCGAGGCCGACGCGUACGAGACUUUGGCGUAUCGUGAGAAGCGCCGCCGGGAGAGUCAAUCCAGCAGCUAUCGCGAAUCGCCCGCCGAAGGAGAAGCCAAUGGAGAAGCCAAUGGGGCCGGCGUCACCUCGAGGAAAGGAACCAAACUAGAUGAGUACGAGGACAUGAUGGGCAAGGGAAGCCCCAACACGACACUGCUGGAAACCGAUGGCAACGUCCCGCGGUCAUCUCCCUUACCAUCUCCUGCGUAUAAUGGAUCUCGCGCAGACGAGAAGGAGGUGUUUUCCCAGAUCGAGAAGCCUCGUGUUCGUUACGAUGUCGAGGUUGUCACGAAGCUCGUGGUAUAUGCAGGCAUUCCUUGGGUGGUGAUUAACGUGGCGCCCUAUGUAUUUGAUAUGGUCGGACUCGGCGUCCCCCAUUAA